UUAUAAAUAAAUAACUCCAACAGCGGCAUUUUGACAUUGAUUAGAAUUUAAAUAUCAUUACUAUAUAAAAGAUAGCUUUUGUAAUGUUUGGGAGCAUUAAGCGUCGUUUUCAUCGUUCGUGGUGGGUUUGUAACGAUGGUUGAACGCUUGCAACAUUGUAUCAAUAUUUAUGUGGCAAUGUAAUGUCGCAUGCAAGCGGAAAGAAAAGAUACGAAUACAUAUGUUGAUGAAUAGACAAAUUUUGUCGCAUGUUCCACAUAGUUCAACUUGUCGCCUUCGUUAUGAGCGGUUGAUGAAACGAACGAUACAUAUUUUAUAAAAUUCAUUUGAUGUACUGCUUUAAGACAAUAUGGACGCAUCAGCAACGACGUCUAAUUACAAGUUACAACAAUUAAAUAAAGAAAAUGGCUGUGCAACGGCGGCAAAUGAUACUUCGCAGACCGAAGACAACAAAAUAGACUUCAUCCUCGUCUACACGCAAUCAGACGAUGAAGACAAAAAUGCAGACCGGGAGAUAUUCGAAGGGAAUUUAGCAUUGCGAGGAUUGGAAUUGAGACACGUUCCUUCAUCUAGCGCCACGGAACAAAACUUGGUUUUUGUACAAGUACAUGCCCCACUCGAAGUGUUGUACCAGAAAGCAGAAGAUAUGAACAUUCAGAUGCCAAUCAAAGAUAGCAAAAAGAAAAAGAAAAAGAGAGAUUCGGAGAAAACCUUUUCAGGAAACCUUUACGAAAAGUACGAGCAUCGGGAUCCAUUCGUCGUAAAAAAUCCCACUGUUAGACGUCGAAAUCCAAGUACAACAACGACGUUUUCGACGGCGAAUGUUGCCGCUUUUGAGACAAAGAAUGGCCCGUAUUUUUUCGACAAUGCGGAAAGAAGUCGAAUGGUGCGACGGAUAUUACAGUUGACGUCAUUUAAACGUACGGAAACCUCUGAGGAAGUCGAGGAACACGAGGACGACACGACACUCGAGGAAGGUCAUGGGAUAGAACAGUUGUGUCACAACGGUGUAUAUCAAUCGUACUACCCCCUCCAUGAUGGACCAUUACAAUCACCUGAUAAUCACGAGAUGUCACGUGAAAACCACAAUGCGUCAGGUGGUGAUGGCAGUGUGACUCGAAGCAGUUACAUGACAUCACGUGACGAUUACACCGAUAACGAUCGACAAAGAUUGCGCCAGGACUGGGCCUCUUUUUCAAAGAUAUUCAAAUACCAACCUCUAGACGCCAUCCGGGACUAUUUCGGCGUACGCGUAAGCUUCUAUUUCGCAUGGCUUGGGGUCUACACCACGUUCCUUGUACCAGCUGCGAUCGUGGGUUUCCUGUGUUUCUUGUAUGCCCUUGGAACCAUGACAACGUCUGAACCUCUCAAGGAAAUUUGCGAUCAGGCAAAUGAAAGACUGUUUUACAUGUGUCCUCAAUGCGACCGACAUUGUAGUUUCUACAGUCUAACAACUAACUGUCAUUACUCAAGAUUUGCGCACCUUUUCGACAACGAAGCUACGGUAUUCUUCUCAGUCUUCAUGUCGAUAUGGGCGACCCUUUUUCUCGAAUACUGGAAGCGCACGGAGGCCACGCUUGCGUUUAAAUGGAACGUCUACGACCUUUUGAGAGAGUACGAGCCGCUACGGCCUGAAUUUGUUACCAAAGUCAAGGACGAGAGGGAGAAUACCGUCACGGAAAAGCCAGAACCUUACAUUCCACGCUUCACGAGGGUUCGUCGAACGAUGGGUGCUUUGGGAGUGGUGUGUUUGAUGGUGCUGGUUGUAAUUGGUACAGUGGUUGGAAUCGUCGUGUACCGGGCGAGCGUUCUUGCUGCGUUGUACGCAAAUUCCAGCCACAGCCUUCGUGAAAACGCCAAGCUCAUGACCUCUAUCACUGCUGCCGGGAUUAACUUGAUCUUCAUUCAACUGCUAACGUGGUUUUACUUCAAAAUCGCCGUGAACUUGACGAACUGGGAGAAUCCUCGCACAGUCACGGAGUAUCACAACAGCUUUACGUUGAAAAUGUACGUUUUCGAAUUCGUCAACACGUAUUCGGCUCUCUUCUACGUAGCGUUCUUCCAAGCUGGUUAUAUUAAUGGCAAUCCGGUGAAAUACAACAGAAUAAACGGACGAAGAAUUGAGGAAUGUCACCCGGCCGGGUGUCUGAUUGAUGUCUGCAUACAACUGGCUGUGGUCAUGAUCGGAAAACAAAUUUUAGGAAUGCUCAUCGAAUUUGUUUACCCGUCAAUUCGCAAAUGGUGGUACGACAGACGCUUCCGUCGUCCUAGCAACGCUGACGAAGCCUUGCCAAGGUGGGAAAACGAUUAUUGGUUGCAUGAAGAACCGGAGUUCCGAAUGUUUUAUGAAUAUUUGGAUAUGGUCAUUCAAUUUGGCUUCGUGACAAUGUUCGUUGCUUCGUUCCCAUUGGCGCCACUCUUCGCUCUUCUGAAUAAUUUCGUGGAAACACGAGCAGACGCCAUUAAUUUUGUCGUUAACUACCGUCGCCGAGUCGCCGAACAAGUGAAAAAUAUCGGAAUAUGGUUUAAAAUCUUGGAAGUUGUCACCAAAAUCUCGGUCGUGGUUAAUUCGUUUGUGAUUGCUUUUACCACAGAGUUCAUACCGAGGCUGGUUUACUCUUAUCGGUACAGUGCGGACGGAUCGUUAAAAGGUUAUGUCAACAACUCGCUAACCUACAUCAACAUUUCCGAUCUAGAACCAGACUCUUUGCCCGACAAUCCCUUAAAGAAUCUCAACUAUUCGCUGCCUUACUGCAGAUUCAAAGAAUACCUGGAACCGAACAAGCCAUAUGACGUCAGCAAACAGUUCUUAUACGUCAUGUUAUACCGCCUUGCAUUCGUCAUCGCCUUUCAAUAUUUUGUAUUUCUCAUCAAAGACACACUAUCCCGUCUCGUCCCGGACAUCCCCAGGUCGCUGCAGGCAAAGAUCGCACGCAAGUUGCACGUGGAGCGCAUGUGCUUUCGCAAGAGUGCCGUGGAAGCCACGCGCGAGUUCUCGCGGCAGCAGCAAGAACGGGUACAGCGAGCAUCCGGUCCAGCGCACUUCGACGGCAAAGUACUUCAUGUUGGUAAACGAAACUCGAGCAAGAAAAAGAAGCGGGAGAGAAAGCAUUCAAAUGAAUUCCCAAGUUCCUUUUUUCAUCACCAGUCCUACGUUUGAAGCAGCUCUCGGUCGAAAAUAUUUUAAAAAUAUUGGGCAAAUAGCAAAGUAGCAACAGAAUCACCUACGAUCAAAUCAAUGAAGAUAUCCAGCCUUUAGAUUUUAGCCAAUAGCCGGUCACUUUAACACGUACAAAUGUGCAAGCGCUGUUUUCAAAGUUAUUGAAUAAAGCUUUCCUAAUUCCACUCAGUAUAAACGAUUUGAAAAGCAAGAGACUUAGUAGAAAAGAAACAUUAUAUGAACGAUUCAUUCCGUUGUAAUUUCAAUGUCUGAGCAGUAUUUUUAAAUACCCUCAUUAUCAGGUGUGUAAAUUUCCACCUUUGAAGCAUAAAUAACUUUCAGUAAAGAAAUAUCAAGUUGCAGGUAAUUCAAACGAUCACACAGCCAUGGCGAAAAUAAUAGUUCAGUUGAGAAUAAAAUGAUGAGUAUUUAUUUAACUACACACAACGGGCAGACCAUUUAUGGCGAUAGGAGUUGUUU